CGUCACGACUCGGUCACAUGAAACGUUUCACAUCAGAUGAUUUUUAUGUUCACGUUUCUGUCUUUUUUAGUAAGAAAAUCUGGCUGCUGUAACUGAAACUGCUUUAUAAUCUGCAAGAAGUUUAAUAUUUGGACAUGGACGAGGACGGGCUGCCGAUUGUGGGCUCUGGAGUCGAUCUGACGAAGGUCCCUGCUAUUCAACAAAGAAGAGUUGUUGCUUAUCUCAAUCAGUUUGUCGUGCACACAGUGCGGUUCCUUAACCGCUUUUCCACUGUUUGUGAAGAGAAACUUUCAAAUAUAUCCCUCCGCAUACAGCAGAUUGAAACGACCCUGUGCAUCCUAGAAGCCAAGCUGUCAUCCAUUCCCGGACUCGAGGACGUCACGGUAGAUGGACUCAGUCGGCAACAACCAGCUCAGGCCAAUGGACCCACGAACACCAGUCAGAGCCAAACAGAUGGUCCACCAGCAGGGACCCUGCCUCCCUCAGAGCCCGCUCAGACUGCACCAGAUCCUGCAACCACACCAAAAGCAGAAGCGCCUGCAGAGAACGUCAUGACGGUGGCCAAGGACCCACGUUAUGCCCGAUACCUGAAAAUGGUCCAAGUGGGAGUUCCAGUUAUGGCGAUUAAGAAUAAAAUGGUCCUGGAGGGUUUGGAUCCUAACCUGCUUGACACACCGGAUGCCCCCGUGCCUGAUGGAGGAGCGAGGAGCACGGAGGAUCAGGAUGUUGCUGCCACCAGCUCUGACAGCGAAUCAUCUUUCAGCGACUGAUUUCUGUCCCAAUCACCCACAAAGCUUCCUGUAACGUCCAUCCGUCGCUGCUCUGAGCUUCUGCAGGCCUGCGUUGAGACAAAUGAGUAGGCUGCAGUGAGCCACCAGCGAGAAGUAGGAAAUGUAAGUGCCUGAAACAGGAAACUCCACCCAGAGUGAUUGUAAUUUCAGUGUAAAAGUGCUGAAAUAUUUUUUCUUUUGGUCGGUCAGUGACCGCCUUCAUUUUGAUACAUCUCGCAUUUUUGACAAAUUCAGAACGAGGGAAUCAAUUCCCCUGUUGAUUAUGUUGGUUAUCAAAACAUGGCAGUGGCCGUUUUUCUACAGAAAGUAAUUAUAUCCUGUCGAAGCUGUUGUUCUUCUUUUUGGUGGUCACACUACAACCACGGUCUGAUGCCACACUCAAGAGCUAAAAAUGUAUAAAAAAAAACCAUGUAUGUUAGAUAUGAACACGUACAUUGGUAUUCUGUGUCUUCAGGCCAGGGGAGAAAAAAUAUAACAAUAAUCUUUCAGUAUUGAUAGACUUUAAAUUAUAAUACCAGACUAAUAGGAAGGAAAACCACAUGUCGUUCAGCAUUUGGUUUCCUACUUAAAAAUCACGUUAUUUUGAAGUAGUUUGAUAAAUAAUCCCAGGACUAUUUUGACUUGUUGACCUGUAUGAGAAUGCUUAGAGGAACACAUCAUCCCCCAAAAUGAGGAUUUCUGUAUUAAUGACCGAGCAAAACUAUAUCAAAAGAUGAGUUAUAUCAGCACAAACUUUCACACAACUCCCACAGUAUGAUUCAAGGCGUAUCUGCAGUACCUCCAAAAUACAUCAGCCCUUUCUGACAGGAUACUCAGAGCCAGACUCCAUUGACAGAAACUGUGAUUUUUCUGAAUUGAACACAGGAUCUGUUGGUCUGCCGCUGCCUUGAUCAGUUAGUUAGUUUGUGUUAUUGUGUGACUUUGGUGAAUCUGAUC